GUUUCAUACUGACACAGACAGAACAGGAUGAUUACUGAACAGUGGAUUGAUCUGUGGACUGUGAGCUGAAGAUGGCCUUUGGACUGUGGGCUGCAGCUUGUGUUAAAACAAAGGGCCAAAGAAGCCAUUGUUUUGUUUGUGAGGCCGGGCCUGGAGGUUCAUUGCAGGUUGAUUCUUGUGAAGAAGUGCUGCAUAGAAACCUCACCUUCAGAGUGGCAAUGUGCUGAAGUGAUUGCCCAGUCCUGGAAUGUGCUCAGGCACUGAUGCUGCACCAAAGCAAGACCUUAAAGAAAAAGGAAAGAAAGUAAAGGCAAAAGUAAGAAGAAAGGGGGACCAAUGAGGAAGAAAAUGAGAGAGAAGCAGGACAGUAUCAUAUACAGAAAUGGAAUCUCCAAUGCCCCUGGUUUUAAAUCCACUGGAUGGGAAACUGUCAGUGCAUCCACCUGCUGUGGACUUGUUAAAGACCAUUGAUCAGCCUUUGGUGGUUAUUGCUCUGAUUGGGAAAUAUCGUACAGGAAAAUCAUAUCUGCUGAACUAUCUUGCUGGAAAAAGGAAAGGGUUUCAAGUUGGAGGCAGCAUACAGUCAGAGACAAAGGGAAUCUGGAUGUGGUGUCUCCCACAUCCCCAGAAGAAAGUUUGCUGCCUGCUGCUGCUGGACACUGAUGGGCUUGGAGAUGUGGGAAAGGGAAAUGAAAGCAAUGAUAAUAAGAUUUUCGCACUCGCAGUUCUGCUGAGUAGCAUGUUUGUGUACAACAGCAAAGGAACAAUCGACCAAUAGGCUCUACUGGACAUCAAUUACGUGACAGAACUGACCAUAAUCAUUCGAUCCAAAUCCGGAGUGGAAGAUGACGAUGGAGAAGGGUUCAUGCUAUACAUUCCUGGCCUUAUGUGGGUUGUACGGGAUUUUUGUCUGGAGCUGAAAAUUAACUUUAAAAGAGUAACAGUGGAUGAAUAUUUGAAAAAUGCCCUGAAACUGAAAUCAGCUGAGAAAGACAGACAGACCCAGAUGGAGCUCCAGAAAGCUGCAAUGGAGCAACAAAUGCAAACGAUGAAAGACAUCAUGGCAAGUGUGACACAAAGUAAUGAAAAAAAAUGGAACAAUUCAUGCAAAUGAUGAGAGAACAAACUGAAUCCCAAAUGAAACUAAUGCAAGUUAUUCAACACAAACAAAAGCUAGAGCAUGCAAUGAUGAGAAGGGAAUCAGGUUGCGUUAUAUCAUAAAGAAAGAGAUGGAAAAAGGUGACAGAAAUGUGCUUGUGUUUAAAAUCAGUCCCAAAAGUUUACAUGUUUCUAAUUUUUACUUAGUGGAUUGAUGGGUGUCUUAGUUUUUUUUCCCCAAUCACUGUUUCUUUUCCGGGUUGCAUAUGCUUACAAGUGUACGUCUGUCAAUCGUUUUCAAUUUACUUGUGGGAUGUGAGUGUUGCUGGCUGGACCACACUUACUGCCUGUCCCUAGUUGCCCUUGAGA